AACAAUAUCUCUGUUCGCCAUUAUUGUGCUGCUUGACCGAUUAGCAGACAGCGACGUAAUACACGGCAUUACAAAAGAUAGCAAGCAUGGUGAAAGCAUGGUGUAUGGACGAUUCACAAGAGGAUCAACGCCUCCCUCAUAAGCGAGCUGGUGAUUCAGAUGUCAGCUUGGAACAACUGAAAGAUAUCGGAGUCGAAUACUUCAAUAUAAAUCCUCAGAACUUUGAGGAAAAUGAGACUCUGAAAAAAAUCAGGAAAGAUAGAAACUACACAUACAUGGACAGAAUUGAAUGCAGCAGAGAAAAGCUCCCUGACUACGAAAACAAGAUCAAGGCCUUUUUUGAGGAACAUCUCCACGUUGAUGAGGAAAUCCGCUUUAUCCUGGAUGGAAGUGGAUAUUUUGAUGUCCGAGGAAAACAAGACGAAUGGAUCCGCAUAUUCUUAGAGGCUGGUGACCUGAUCGUUCUGCCUGCUGGAAUAUACCAUCGUUUCACCCUGGACGAAAAAAAUCACAUUGUGGCAGUUCGCCUGUUUGUUGGGGAACCUAUAUGGACCCCAUACAACCGACCCCAGGAAGACAGGGACGUAAGGAAAGAAUAUGUGGCCAAGUACAUUACUGCCGCCUAAGGCUGUGAGCUGUCUGGGCUACUACAGAGGAGAGACAGAUGUAUUAUACUCCACUAACAACACUUCAUUAUAUCCAAGAAAUUUGAAAAUUACCUUCAUUACCUGAUUGAUAUUUUUUGAAAACAAUAUAUUAAUAGUACUCGCUAUCAUAUAUAUAUAUAUAUGUGUGUGUAUGUACAAAAUAAUAUUGAAUUGUCCAUGUAUUUUUGGGUUAAUAACUGGGUAUUCAGAAACUACAGUACUGGAAAAUCUCCAUUGCUUCUCCUAAUCAGGUUAAAAAUUAGUUUAUAAUGUUAAAUUGGAAAAAGGUCUUGAAUACAUCCUUUCAUUCAUAAAAGAAUUUUUUUUCUUCACGGAAGAGUCAUAUUUUUAUACAGUAAAAAAAGGAUAGAAAGAAAUCUGUUUUCUUCAAACUGUAUAUUGUGGUUUCUAGUUGUGUCUUGGAUUCUGUGUUGAAUUGAAGGUAAUUACUGUAAAAUAUCCAGUAAGGUGUAGAGUACACAUUAUUGGUAAAGUGGCACUCUAAUGCAGAUACAUUUUCAGUAAUUAGGCUACAUAUAAUUAAUUACUUGGUUCUCGAGCCAAUUUUUCUAAAAAGAGAUGAGAGAAGGAGUUAUGAUUAUUCAUUGGUGAAAAAAGAGAUAGUCUUUUUUUUCAAACUACCCGGUAAUCAUUUUUCAUUUUCAUAUAAACUGCUUCAAAAUGUGUGAGACAAUGAUAAAUCAAGGGUUUUACUUAAAAUCAGAUGAGGGCCUGAAGUAAUUUGUUUGGCCUGAUCUGAAAUCGAUUAUAAAUGGCUACAAAUAUAUAAUGGACUUUGAUAUAUCAAAGACGUUUUAAAAUAUUUGUUUGAUAAAUGGCAUAUAAGAUACAUUUUGUGUUGAUAAUUUGGUAGUUAUCAUUUGGAUAUUGGAUGUCAAAGUAAAGUUGGCCAGGUUGUUUAUGUUAGACAUGUGAUAUGAAGUUGUAUAAAAUUGACAUUUUAGAAUUACAUGUACUCCGACAGCUUAUUUUUGCAGUUUUUCAAUAAUUACAUUGCAGUUAUGCGAGGCAUUUUCCCAAAUACAAUGCAAUAGAGCAGAUAUAGGUUGAUUAAUUAUGAAGUCAACUCAAUUUAAUGAGGAUUUUUUCAUUUCUAUAACAUGAUAGAAAAUUUUAUUUUUAAUGAAAAUUUUAUUUUUGAUUUAAGAAAGCAUAUAAUAUUAUUUGAAUUCCGAGUUGAGGUCCGUUUUGCCUGCAUUAAAUUCAUCAAAAGCUGGGAAUGCCUUUACUGUUAAUGUAUAUAUUUUAGAGGUAAUCUUAUUUUAGCGAUUUUCACACUGGAAGCAUUCCGCUAAGUUAUGAGUGUGCUAAUUAUUCUUUACCUUCACUGGUUGCUAUGGCAAUCAUUGUUAGUACACUAAUUUGUUUCAGUUUGGGUUUGUGCUAAACUUUGAGUACAUCAAAUUGAUUAUGUUUAUAUAUAGGCGUCUGCAACUGGUUAGUAUUUAUAGGAAAAACUAUUUAUAGGAAAAAAAGGUUAGCCCCUACUCCAAUAUAUCAACAAGGUUGAUAAAGUAGUGUAGGGGCUAAUAUUUUUUCUAUAAAGAUUAACCAGUUGCAGACGCCUGUGGUUUACAAUUAUCAAGCUGCAAGUGUCGUCAUUGAUCUUAAUACCAUUUUAAUGUAGAUAUAGUGUGUUGAUAUCUACCUCUUUAGUGAAGCCCUGCUGGUUUAUAAUCGGAAGAUAUGGGAUCAGAUUGAAAUUUACUUUACAUAACAUGUUCACUUUAAGGAUAUUAUCAAAGUCUUUCAAACUCCUGCUAGCUAAGUAGAGUUAAGGGUAAGUUUCAAUCCUUUGGUUGUGCCAUGUAAAAAUUUGAAAUAGGUUUUGGAUCUUAUAAUUCUUAAAAGGUCAAAUGUUCUUUUACAUAUUUUUGUGGUUUGUUGAUACUGAGAUUCUUAAAACGAAUUUUACUCAAUCAGUUGUUUUUAUAUACAUUACUUAUGUACACAGUGCCUUGUGCUUCUGUUUUAUAUCCUGUACAUUGUAUAUACAUGUACAUAUUAAUUAUAUACAUCCUAGAGCAUUUUCAUUCAUUUAUCAAUAAACAUCACAAUUGUA